AUGUCAUCCUUCAUCUUCUGCCUCGUAUUUGCCUUUUUGCUAUCAUGGAGGCUCACUUUGGCUGCUAUACCAUUCACCAUAAUGUUCAUUGUCCCCGGACUUGGAUUUGGAAAGAUGAUGAUGGAUGUGGCAAUGAAGAUGAUAGAGUCUUAUGUAGUCGCCGGUGGAAUUGCAGAACAUGCAAUUUCCUCAUUCCGAACUGUAUAUUCCUAUGUACUGCAAAAACCCUAUGGAGUUGGGAAUAAAGCAAGGUUUUGCAAGAGCCUUGAUGAUGGGGAGCAUGGGAUUUCAAGCUUGGGUUGGAUCUCUUCUGGUUAG